AUGGGAAGAGAAGAUCAGAUUGAGGAGCGCGAAGUCCUCGACAGUAUCUUUCCCGAGGAAAUUCAAGACAUAUCAGAGACCGAAUACCGAAUAUCGAUCCUCCUGGACAUCUUAAACGACGAUGGUGAUGAUUCCGAACCCCCCAGCAUCAUCCUCCAAGUCAAAUACCCCCCAGACUACCCCGAAGAAGCGCCCAUCCUAGACAUCCUAGGCCCUCCAAAUGCGCCGGUGCAUCCAUUCUUCAGCGUAAACUCAGACAAACAGACACUCCUCAAUGGCUUAUCAGAAACUAUCGAGGAGAAUAUGGGCAUGGCUAUGAUCUUCACAAUCGUUUCUACGCUAAAGGACAAUGCCGAGCAACUGGUCGCGCAACGGCAAGCGGGCGCGAGACAAGAGCACGAGAUUAAGUUAUUAGCUCUCGAGGCGGAGGAGAAUAAGAAGUUUCAUGGCACGCCGGUUACACCCGAGACGUUUGGGCCUUGGAGGGACGAGUUCAGGAGGGAGAUGGAGGAGUUGAGGGCUAAGGAGGAAGAUGCCGAAGAGGCGGCGGAGAAGAAGAAGAAUAGGGGAAAAGAUGCUGUUGUGCUACUGACUGGGAGGCAGCUUUGGGAGAGAGGUUUGGCUGGCAAGAUUGAGGAGGAUGAGGAUGAGGAAGAUGAAUUGCCGGUGGAGGGGGUGGAGAAAUUGAAGGUUGAGGCUUGA